UCCCCUCCCCCGCCUGCUGCCUUGUGACACAUCCUGGGCCCUCCCGGAGGCCGUAGCAGCGGCUGGGCGGCAGUGCUGGCCACCCCCUCCUCCGGAGUCCGCCACCCAGCGCAACCUGCGGCGGCCGCGGCCCUGCUGCUGCUGCUGCUGCUGCUGCUGCUGCUGCAGUCAUGGCUGCUGACGGGGUGGACGAACGUUCGCCUCUGCUGUCAGCAUCCCACUCGGGAAAUGUCACUCCCACAGCCCCGCCGUACUUGCAAGAAAGCAGCCCGAGAGCUGAACUCCCACCGCCAUAUACCGCCAUCGCCAGUCCAGGAGCCAGUGGCGUUCCUGUGAUCAACUGUCGCGUGUGCCAGUCACUCAUCAACUUGGAUGGUAAACUUGACCAGCAUGUGGUUAAGUGUACAGUUUGCAAUGAAGCUACGCCAAUCAAAACCCCCCCAACAGGGAAGAAAUAUGUUAGAUGCCCCUGUAAUUGUCUCCUCAUAUGUAAGGACACAUCUCGGCGAAUAGGAUGUCCGAGACCCAACUGUCGACGCAUAAUUAAUCUUGGUCCUGUAAUGCUCAUUUCUGAAGAACAACCUACUCAACCUGCAUUGCCAAUCCAGCCAGAAGGUACAAGAGUGGUGUGUGGGCACUGUGGAAACACAUUUCUGUGGAUGGAACUGAGGUUCAACACUCUGGCAAAAUGCCCACACUGCAAAAAAAUCUCUUCAGUGGGGAGUGCACUUCCCCGGAGACGCUGCUGUGCGUAUAUCACCAUUGGAAUGAUAUGUAUUUUCAUUGGAGUCGGGCUAACUGUUGGCACACAAGAUUUUUCAAGGCGAUUUCAUGCAACCUACGUGUCUUGGGCAAUUGCUUAUCUCUUAGGUGUGAUUUGCCUUAUCCGAGCUUGUUACUGGGGUGCAAUAAGAGUCAGUUAUCCUGAACACAGUUUUGCUUAAAUCUACCCCUAAAUCCUUGAUGCAGCAUUUACAAAAAUCUGGUCUGGAUCUAUGGAAUUUAAUGUUAAUCUGCUGGAUGUAUUCCUUUAUCGACUGGAGGAAGUAUUUCAGAAAACAUGUUUUAUAAUACGCCAUCAUCUCAUCAAAGACAUAUUUACACAGAGUUGCACUUCCUUUCCUUAGACUAUGGCAAAUUUUUCAUCUUGAGAUACUUGUGCAGCCAUAUCUCUGUGAAGAGAACCUAUGGCAUCUUGCAUUAGCUGAAAUGUUAGAAUUAGAUUCUCUUACCAUUUCUCAGCUGACCAGAUAUGAAUGACUCCAUUUAUUCAAGAAAAUGGAUCAGACAUAAGGAUUGUCAUGGUUUCUAAAACUUCGCUUGGCAUUCGUGGAGUUAGCUCCUGCCCUGCCCGUUUUUUCAUUUUUGAAGGAAUUAUUUGCGAGUUAAUGGUCCAAACGCUUUCAAAUUAUAGAAUUAGACAAUGAGAUGACCCAAGUAAAUUAGUAUGUGAUUCCAAAGGACAAGACUAAUAUUUUAAAUUAUUUAUAUUCCUGAAUAAUAUAAAAAUAUACUCACCGCGAAGUUUGGAGUGAAAUACAUGUAAACCUCAAGGAGAAAAUGCUAAAUGUAUAAAUGCAGUAGCUCAGGAUUAUAUGUAUCUUUGAAAAUACACUAAUAAAGAUUAUUAUUCAAAAUGA